GAACUAGAAAAAAUAACCCGAGAGACUGAUCGCCGAAGCAGAGAGUUAUUAGUAGAAGUCAUUUGCAACUUAUCUGAGAAGCUAAAGCUAUUCCACGCAGAGACGAAGCGUCAAGAAGAAGAAGAUCACCAAAAAGCUCUUUGCUUUCUCCCCAAGCUACUCUCUCUCUCCUGAAUCUUGGACUUUGAUGCUGCUACUGUCUCCAUUAAAGCAUUCACGGCCAUUUCACACGAGAAACAGGUACCAUGUAAGUUUCUUCUCACGGAAAAGCACCCCAAAAAGCUCAAUCCCACUCCUAUAAAACCCCUCUCCAAAACCCUCUCUCGUUCUCACUUCAGCUACAACAAUGGCGGUGAUAGUGUUGAGGAAGACCAAGACAAUGCUAUUAGCUCUAACUCAUUUACUGUGUAUUCUUCAAUGUGGUUUCAUAGCUUUCGCUAUCUUAGACCCAAUUGAUUUCCUCGCUCUCCAAUCUAUUCGAAAAGCCCUACAUGACAUGCCUGGAUCCAACUACUUCUCCUCCUGGGAUUUCACUUCCGACCCCUGCAACUUCGCUGGGAUUUACUGCGACAGUGACAAGGUCAUUGCAUUGAAUCUCGGCGAUCCGAGAGCCGGUUCACCAGGUCUGACCGGCCGGCUUGAUCCUGCAAUCGGAAAACUCACUUCUCUCGCCGAGUUCACCAUCGUCCCUGGUCGAAUCAUCGGUUCGCUUCCACCAUCAAUGUCGCAAUUGAAGAAGCUCCGGUUCCUAGCCCUAAGCGGGAAUUUCAUCUCCGGCGGAAUUCCGGCGACUCUCGGUCUGCUCCGGGGGCUUCAAACUCUCGAUCUCAGUUUCAAUCAGCUCACCGGAACGAUUCCUUGGCCGAUCGGAAGUCUACCGGCGUUGUCCAACGUCAUUCUCUGCCACAAUCGUCUCUCCGGUUCAGUCCCUCAUUUCUCUUCCCAAACCCUAACUCGGCUCGACCUCAAGCACAACGAUCUCUCCGGUUCACUCUUACCAACUUCUCUUCCUCCGUCAAUCCAAUACCUCUCAUUGUCCUCGAACCGGUUGGGCGGUCCAGUGGACCACCUCUUAACCCGGCUCAACCGCUUAAACUAUCUCGACCUGAGCAUGAACCGGUUCACGGGCACCAUUCCGGGCAGAGUAUUCAGUUUCCCAAUCACAAACCUUCAACUACAAAGAAAUUCGUUUUCCGGUCCGGUCCAACCGGUUGAUCAUGUCACAAUCCCGACCGUUGAUCUCAGCUACAACAUGCUAUCGGGCCAAAUCUCACCAAUGCUAUCGACCGUACAGAACCUAUACCUGAAUAAUAACCGGUUCAUAGGUCAGGUUCCGGGCAGCUUCGUGGACCGGUUACUGGCUGCUAGUAUACAGAUAUUAUAUCUACAGCAUAAUUAUCUUACGGGGAUUGAGAUCAAUCCAACGGCUGAGAUUCCACUGAGCAGUUCGUUGUGUUUACAAUAUAAUUGUAUGGUUCCGCCACUGCAGACACCUUGCCCAUUGAAGGCUGGGAAGCAGAAGGCGAGGCCUACUGCACAGUGCAGUGAGUGGAGGGGAUAAAUUGGAGAAUUCAUUUUAUUGUCAAGGGCAGAAAGGGAAAGAUAACAUAACUAUAGAUUUAUAAUGUGGUUUAUAUGUUUUUGCACGAGUUUUGAAUUCAUUUAAUUUUAUUAUUUUUUUUGGUUGAUAAUGUGGGUAAAUCGCAAAUAAAUUAAAUUGAAUGUGCAUAGGUAGAUAUAUAAAGCAGUACUUAGGAAAGACCAAUAUAUGUUUCUAAUGAUAUCUUUUAUAUGUUUUUAACUUACUUCUUUUUUUUACCAAAAAUAUGGUGGUUGAUAUAUGUUUUUACAUUAAUCUCACUUCACAUGUUUUUUUCUUGGCA